AGCGAUCCGCGUCGAUCCGCGUCGGAAGAUCGACGGCGAUGUCGGGGACGCGGGAUGAGUGUGUCUUCAUGGCACGCCUGGCAGAGCAGGCCGAGCGCUUCGAGGAUAUGGUGGAGUACAUGAAGCGUGUGGCAUGCAUGGGUUCCGAGUUGAACUUGGACGAGCGGAACUUGUUCUCCGUGGCCUACAAGAACUCGGUGGGUGCCCGGCGCCAGGCAUGGCGUGCAGUGAACACGUUGGAGAAGCGGGAAGCCGCCGCCUCCAAGGGCGCCGCCAUCUUGGAUUUGGUGCAGAGAUAUCGGGAAAAGGUAGAAUCAGAGUUAAGCGGCAAGUGCCGGGAGGUGCUGAAGAUCCUCUUCGAGGAACUCAUACCGAAGGCUGGCAGCAGCGAGUCCAAGGUCUUCUAUUUGAAGAUGAAAGGAGACUACCAUCGCUACCUCUCGGAAUUUGCCACGGGCGAGAACCACAGCAAAUGUGCGCAAGAGGCGCACGACGCGUACCAAAGCGCCUCCGAGACCGCGAUCUCGGAGCUGCCGGCGACGCAUCCCGUGCGCUUGGGCCUUGCGCUGAAUUUCUCGGUGUUUUACUACGAGGUCUUCUCUUCUCCAGAGAAGGCCUGUCUUCUGUCGAAGGCGGCCUUCGAUGACGCAAUGGCCGUCAUGGAUAGCCUGGACGAGGACAGCUACAAAGACAGCGCUGCAAUCAUGCAGCUGCUGAGGGAUAAUUUGACCCUUUGGACCUCCGAUAUGCAAAAUCCCGGCAGCGCGGGUGGCGAUGGAAUGACCAUGGAGGAUUUCUCCUAGGGCCUUCGGGGCGCCAAACGCGAUCCGUUUCGUCUCACAAGCGAUGUGAAAAGGAGCAUCGGCAGUCGCUGCAGGUCAAGUUCUUGUGGUUGCCAUAUGUUGAUU